AUGAGUCCCUUCAACGCAGCCAAUAACCUCUUUGGAACCGAAACCCUCCGCAUUCAUCUCAGAGUCUCACAAAACAAAGAGGAAACCAACCCUCCUUUGUCUAUGUCUCUUCCUCCAGCAACUACGCCAGUACCCCAACCCAUAUUUAUGCCCGGCAUGUCUCACGCCGCGGAAUCCCCGGCUCCGGCUCCAGCUCCAACUUCGGCCCCGUCCGCCAUUCCCACGCAACCUCAAGGCGACGAGACACCAAGCGACAAAAACCAGGACACCUCAUCCUCCGGCACCUCGCUCCCGCGCCUACGUCUACACGUCCAAGACAUCGCACACCCGGGGUCCUCGAUAUUCCUGUCGUCCGUGAACGCCGCCACCGUGCUAAGCAGCAGCAUCGAGUCCAUCCACAAGCAACUAUACUCCCAAGCCCCAUCCUCGCCUCCGCCAACACGUUCCGUAACCCUUAUCCUGCGAGAUAUGGACGGCGUAGCCUACACCACCGGCUCGGACCUAGACUCGGACCACAAAGAAAUCCACUUCUCGCUCCGGUACAUCUCCUCCAUCGCCCCGUCGUCCCGGCAAUCCGCCGAGAUCAACGGCGUCCUGCUGCACGAGCUCGUCCACUGCUACCAAUGGAACGGACAGGGUCGGGCGCCGGGAGGCCUGAUCGAAGGCGUGGCCGACUGGGUGCGUCUGCAAUGCGAUCUUGCGCCGCCGCACUGGAGCCGAGAGCAAAUCCCUGCGAAAUGGGACGUCGGGUACCAGGGCACGGCAUAUUUCCUAGAAUACCUCGAAGAUCGGUUCGGUAAGGGGACUAUACGCCGGAUGAAUGAGAAGCUACGGAAUGAAAGGUAUGAGGAGAAGGCGUUCUGGACUGAGCUAGUUGGGGGGCCGAUAGAGCAGUUGUUUGAGGACUAUAAGAAGACAUUACUAAAGGGCGAGUAG